UAGGGGGGCUAUCAAUUUUCAUUGGCAUUUAAUGGCCUUUAUAUGCAUUUAUCACUAUUGAAGGCAGGCAACCUGCGAAAGAAAAAUCAACAGAACCUGCCGCAGCUGGCUCGCACAGCGGACAGCUCGCACAGCUCGGCUGGGACGGAGAGCUGCACGCCCCGGCACAAUGAAGGCAGUGAUUGCUUGGGGCCUUGGCCUUUUGCCUACGGCCUGGGCCAUUGCCGUGCUACGCAAUCAGGACGGCCAGUUGGUGAACCUGGAAGACGACAUGUCGGCGGAUGCGAGUCCUUGUGAUGGUCAGUGCCGCUUUGACAUUAUGAUGUGCAAGUCUUUCAUGUGCACCGAGUGCACCUAUGAGUGGUGCACAGAGGCAUGUCAGAAGAUCCAGACUGACUUCCCUGGUCUGCGUUGUUCAGACUGGCCAGAGGCCCGAACUUCCUUCAGCAAUGGCGAGUUCAAGGGCAAGGGAAAAUUGGGAGAUGCUGGUGACUUCGCUGAGAAAUGAUCUCCAGCACCAUGCAGCACCAAAAAGGGCUGCUGUUGACCCAUGGGACCCAUGGCAUAGACCAAA